GAGGAAAGACACAACCGCAGCGAGACACACACACACACACACACACAGGUGCUAAAAUGGAGCUCGGUGUAGACCACUGCAUGAGACGACCAUAAUGCACGUCGUCAGUAUUCCUCUCUGGGAUACAAACGCACGUCUUUCUCUCUAUCUCAGCUCUUCCACCUAUCCUGUCUCGCCUGCUAGUCAGUGAGUGAGUCCUGCUACAACGCUAGCUAACUGCUUAGCUAAUACCUGUCUACUAGCAACUAGUGACGCGUCUGGUUAGUGAGACAGCUGCUCCUCGUGGAGCUAAACAGAAGGAAACCUCUUCAAUCUACUCAUUUCGGCUUCAACAAAGAGCUGUAAGGAGACUGACAACAAUGGGUGCUUUCUUGGACAAGCCAAAGAUGGAGAAGUUAACCGCACACGGAGAGGGAAAUGGCCUGUGCUAUGGCCUGAGCAGCAUGCAAGGGUGGAGGGUCGAGAUGGAGGACGCCCACACAGCGGUCAUCGGCCUUCCAAACGGUCUGAGCAAUUGGGCGUUUUUUGCCGUUUACGACGGCCACGCUGGAUCUCAGGUGGCCCGGUAUUGCUGUGAACACCUGCUGGAGCACAUCACAAGCAACCCGGAUUUCCACACCGGAGGCCCAGGUGGAGGCAGUGAGGGUUCUCAGGCUGAGCCGUCGGUGGAGAGCGUGAAGAGUGGCAUUCGCACGGGCUUCCUGCAGAUCGACGAGCACAUGCGAGCUAUGUCGGAGCGCAAACACAGCGCUGACCGCAGCGGCUCCACGGCCGUAGGAAUCAUGGUUUCUCCUAGUCAUCUUUAUUUCAUCAACUGUGGGGAUUCACGGGCUCUUCUGAGCCGUGGUGGCCGGGUCCACUUCUUCACUCAAGACCACAAGCCCAGCAACCCUUUAGAAAAGGAGAGGAUUCAGAACGCGGGUGGUGCCGUUAUGAUUCAGCGGGUCAACGGUUCUCUGGCUGUCUCUCGUGCUCUCGGAGAUUUUGACUACAAGUGCGUUCAUGGGAAAGGCCCCACAGAGCAACUGGUGUCCCCAGAGCCUGAAGUGUAUGAGAUCGAACGGUCAGAUGCAGAGGAUGAGUUUGUAGUACUAGCCUGUGAUGGAAUCUGGGACGUCAUGACCAACGAGGAACUGUGUGACUAUGUGCGCUCAAGGCUGGAGUUGACCGAGGACCUGGAGGCUGUGUGUAAUGAAAUUGUGGACACCUGUUUGUACAAGGGUAGCCGUGACAACAUGAGCGUGGUACUGGUAUGUUUUCCGGGUGCACCCAAGAUCAAUCCAGAAGCUGUGAAGAGAGAAGCAGAGCUGGAUAAGUACUUGCAGAACAAAAUAGAAGAACUCAUUAAGAAGCAGGGUGUGGACAGCAUUCCAGACUUAGCCAAUGUGAUGUGUGUGUUAGCGACGGAGAGCAUCCCGAACCUUCCACCCGGGGGAGAUCUGGCUAGCAAACGCAGCGUCGUGGAGGAAAUGUACAAUAGACUCAACCCACACCAAAGUGACAGCACAAGACGAUGUACCCAGCUGACUUUCUAUGUUGCCAGCUCUGGUCCUCGGUGGACCCACAGAGGUUUGGGACAAAGAGGAGAAACAGCAUAGACAGCCCACUGACAGAAGAGAAUGGUCGCCAAGCUGCGUGCACUGUGUAAGUGUCACUCAAUUGAGCUGCUGCUCCAAAGUUGCUCUCCGGUCAUCAUCCACACAUACCUGCUGUGUGAACCCAGCAAGGGGCUGACGCCAGGCAGGGUGAGAGCAGGAGCAGAACCCUGCUAUAUCACCUUAAACCUUGCUGAUGGAGAGCUCCCGGCCUGUGAGACAACUGCCUCCGCUCAUCUAUCAGCCUGCCUGGACUUUGAAACCCGAGCCUCUGUGACCGCCUUGCUGUAAUCCGUUAUCCAGCACUGCACCAAUCAGCCAUGACCAAAGAAACUACGGUGAAGAGCGUGUGACCCUCCACUUCGGACCAUUACAAGCAUGAAGGGAGUCCAAAAUAAUAACACAAUGCAUGCUGUUUUUAUGAAGCAUCUGUAGGUGACAUGCAAAAGGCUGCUAAAAUCAGUCGUCAUUGUACUGGCAAGGGAGAGUGUAGAUAGAGCGGCAGGUGUGCAGCAGGGACCGGUCUACUUGCCUAUUCAUGGGCCUUUGUGUCAUGGGUUUGCUUGGGGGCUUCUGUCUGUCCGAUUGUGUUUUUGUUUGUCUAUAAAUUAAUCAGCUGUUGUGCAAAAUAUCAAACUGAAAUAUCAGUUUGUAGUGUGGCUGUGUUUUUAGGUCUUUUUCCUGGGCUUUUGCUUAUUAGUGUUGGUAUUAUCAUAAUGUCAAUAAAGGUCCAAAAGUUCCUGUUA